UUUACUAAAGGGAAUAUUACAAGCAAUGAUUUUUUAUUGCUGGCUACUGACUUUGAUAUUAUCAUUAUACAACAGUAACUGUCGCUCUGACCUUCAAGAAAAUGGAAUGAUGACGAAAAUAUUUCCGACAGUUUCAGGAAAAUUUCAACCGACUAUGAAAGCAGUCGGCUUGUACCAAUAUUUGCCAAUAUCUGAUGAGAACAGUCUUAUCGAUUUGGAAUUAAAACUACCAAAAGUGGAAAAAAAUGAAGUAUUAGUAGAAGUUAAAGCUAUUUCAGUUAAUCCUAUAGAUACAAAAAUCAGAGCUCCAAAACCUUACAUUGAAACUUUUCCCAGAAUUCUUGGUUGGGAAGGGUCCGGUACAGUCGUUGGCAAGUCCCUGCUUAUAAUAAACAGUGGCGGUGGAGUUGGCUCUGUAGCUACACAGUUGGCUGCUAAUUUGAAACUCAAAGUGAUAGGAACUGCUUCACGUCGCGAAACUGAAGAGUUUUCAAGAAAAAAUGGUGCUCAAAUUGUGCUAAAUCACACAAAAGAUUUGCUUCCACAACUGAAAGCUAAAGGAUUUGGCAAUGGAGUUGAUUAUAUUUUAGUUAAUAAUAAUCCUUAUCCUUAUUGGGAUGUCAUGAUACAAGCUAUCAAACCUAAAGGAAAAAUAUGUCUUAUUGUUAAUAAUAGCGGAUUGGUUGAUAUAAAGCCACUCAAAGACAAAAAGGUAGUAUUAGUAUCUGAGAUGAUGACCACAAAUAUGAACUAUGACACCAAAGACAAAGGAAGACAUCAUGAGAUUCUGAAGGUGGCAUCAAAAAUGUUUGACAAUGGAACACUGAGGCCUACAGUCACCAAAACUUUGUCACCGAUUAAUGCUGCCACUUUAAGAGAGGCUCAUAGGCUUAUAGAAGAAAGACGUGUGGUUGGAAAAUUAGUUCUAUCAGGAUUUUAAAAUAAAACGCAGGCGUAUGUUUUGUUUCAAAAAAAAUCUCACAAAAAAAUUAUACAU